GGCCUGAUCCAUCACCUGACCGCUCUUUGAAUAUUGAUGCUGCCUCUGCCGGCACUGUCGGUCCGCCCUCCCCGUGUUGUUGUUGUGUGACAUUGUCUGACUGGGACCUUCGCCCCAGUGGAGGAUCUUCUGGAACCAUCCCCCGAGCGACCAGCCAUGUCUUCGCUGCUGAAGCCGUUCGCGGUGUGCGAGGGGCCGUGCGAGAGCAGCGGUGGGGUGAGGAGAGGAUGCCCGAGUCCGGCUCCGCAUCAGCAGCCUCCAUUCCGGCGUCUGAGCGCCGCGGCGGGGCUGGGCGGAUGUCUGCCGGCCCACCAGCGCUCCUUCCCGGACAGGAGGAACCUGGCUGCGGCGGCGGUGGGGGGGAGGAAAAUGACGCAUCCCGGGAAGGCUAUUCUUGCAGGUGGCAUCGCAGGAGGGAUCGAGAUCUGCAUCACCUUCCCCACAGAGUACGUCAAGACCCAGCUGCAGCUAGACGAGAGAGCCAACCCGCCGCGAUACCGAGGGAUAGGGGACUGUGUGAAGUUGACUGUUCAGGAUCAUGGACUCCGAGGGUUGUACAGAGGACUCAGCUCGCUGCUCUAUGGAUCAAUACCAAAAUCUGCUGUGAGGUUUGGCACGUUUGAGAUGCUCAGCAACCCGAUGCGAGAUGCCACAGGUCGGCUGGACAACACGCGGAGCCUCCUGUGUGGGUUAGGAGCAGGGAUAGCAGAGGCCAUCGUGGUCGUCUGUCCCAUGGAGACACUCAAGGUUAAGCUGAUCCACGACCAGUGCUCCCUCAGGCCUCGCUACAGAGGCUUCUUCCAUGGCGUCAGCGAGAUUAUUAGAGAACAGGGUGUGCGGGGGACGUAUCAAGGCCUGACAGCGACAGUGCUGAAACAAGGAAGCAAUCAGGCCAUUCGGUUCUAUGUGAUGAAUGCAUUACGAAAUUGGUACAAAGGGGAUGAUCCCAGACGAGACAUGCAUCCGAUUGUCACAGCGAUGUUCGGCGCAACGGCUGGAGCCGCCAGUGUUUUCGGAAAUACACCUCUGGAUGUGGUGAAGACCAGGAUGCAGGGUUUGGAGGCUCACCGCUACAAAAACACAAUGGACUGUGCCUUCCAGAUCUUGAAGCACGAAGGACCCCAAGCAUUCUACAAAGGGACGGUCCCCAGGCUUGGCCGCGUGUGCUUGGACGUGGCCAUAGUGUUUGUCAUCUACGAGGAGGUGGUCAAACUACUCAACAACAUGUGGAAGACCCAGUAAACCGAGCCAAUGAGGGGCAGAGGUCCAGAGGGAAGCCCGGAGCAGUGCAUCAUGCUACGCACAACUGAACACCUCUACUCUAGUUCAUACUAGCUCACUGCAUUCGCCGAGAACAGACGACACUUCAUCAUGAGCAGCUUCCACUCAUAAAUCAUUUUAAUUUUGCAGGACCUAGCUACAAACGGUGAUAGUAAAGAAGGGAGACGGUCUAGUUGCAGGUCAAACAGCUCAGUUUUGCAUUUCUCUUUGUCUCUAGCGGUCGGAUUUGGGAAUAAAGAGGGAUCACCUUGUUUUGAAGGAGACAGGAAAGGGAAAGAAGGACAUGAAGUAGGUGAUGAGUUAUUCUCUGCCUCUGACCAAAUUGUAGACUCAGUUUGUUGAGUCGUAUUACAGGAUAAAUAACUUUACAGUAUUUAGAGAAGCAGCACAAAAUUACUUGAGUAGAUUUCUAGAGGCAUUCUUUUUUUUUAAAUUGUUUUAGCUUUCUAUGACUGUUGUUACUGUACAUGUUGUAGAGUGACCACUUUGUACUGAAACCAUAAAUGUGUCUUCUGAUUCACGAA